GUUAAUCACAUUGUUCAUCUUGGUCUCUUGUUAUUGUUGUAUUGUGAUUAGAAAGGUUUUGCUUGAGUUCCAUCAAUGGCGACCAUAUGUUUUCAAUCUCCUUCAAAACCCUUUUACAAUUUCCACUCAAAAACCAAAAUUUCAUCGCCGUUAAUCACUAAAGUCUCGAUCUUUAAACCCAGAGCCUCCGUACAAUCACAAGGCCUUGACAUCGCCACCGAGCCAGAACCAAUUUUCACCUCCGUCAAGACUUUUGCUCCAGCGACUGUUGCGAAUCUAGGUCCAGGCUUUGAUUUCUUAGGAUGCGCCGUCGACGGUCUCGGUGACCACGUCACUCUCCACGUGGAUCCCUCUGUCCGUAGCGGAGAGAUCUCAAUCUCUGAAAUCACCGGGACAACUACUGAACUCAGCUUUGAUCCACGCCGUAACUGCGCCGGAAUUGCAGCUAUGGCGGCGAUGAAGAUGCUUGGGAUCAAAUCUGUUGGUUUAUCGUUAGCUUUGCAUAAAGGUCUUCCUUUAGGGAGUGGUUUAGGUUCUAGUGCGGCUAGCGCCGCCGCAGCAGCUGUGGCGGUUAAUGAACUAUUUGGCCGGAAAUUAGGAAACAACGAGCUUGUUCUCGCCGGAUUAGAAUCGGAAGCGAAAGUUUCAGGCUUUCACGCUGAUAACAUUGCGCCGGCGAUUAUGGGUGGAUUCGUUUUGAUCAGAAGCUACGAGCCGCUUGAUUUAAAACCUUUGAGAUUCCCAUUAGAGAAAGAUCUCUUCUUUGUUCUCGUUAGCCCUGAUUUUGAAGCUCCAACUAAGAAAAUGAGGGCAGCAUUAGCCAAAGAGAUUCCAAUGGCUGACCAUGUUUGGAACAAUAGCCAAGCAGCGGCGUUGGUUGCGGCGGUUUUGGAAGGUGACGUGGCGAGUCUGGGGAAGGCGCUUUCGUCGGAUAAAGUUGUGGAGCCGAAGAGAGCACCAUUGAUUCCGGGAAUGGAAGCUGUGAAGAAAGCUGCUCUAGAAGCUGGAGCAUUUGGUUGCACCAUUAGUGGAGCUGGUCCAACGGCGGUUGCGGUUAUCGACACGGCAGAGAAAGGUUACGAGAUCGGAGAUAAAAUGGUAGAAGCAUUCUUGGAAUUCGGAAACUUGAAGUCUAUUGCUUCGGUGAAAAAACUUGACAAAAUUGGAGCUAGACUUAUCAAAAGCAUGUAAUUUUCCGAGUUUCAAGGAUUUGCUCUGUGGGAUUCUUCUGCAAAUGGUAAAUGAUAAUAAAGAGAUUCGUAAUUGAAAGUUUGAAACU